AUGCAGAUCUUCGUGAAAACCCUAACCGGGAAAACCAUCACCCUUGAGGUUGAGAGCAGUGACACUAUUGACAAUGUAAAGGCAAAGAUUCAGGACAAGGAAGGUAUUCCACCGGAUCAGCAGAGGUUGAUCUUUGCCGGAAAGCAACUUGAAGAUGGCCGAACUCUUGCUGAUUACAACAUCCAGAAAGAGUCUACUCUUCAUUUGGUGUUGAGGCUAAGAGGAGGUAUCAUUGAGCCCUCUUUGAUGGCAUUGGCUAGGAAAUACAAUCAAGACAAAACUAUUUGUCGCAAGUGUUAUGCUCGCCUGCACCCAAGGGCUGUGAACUGCAGGAAGAAGAAGUGUGGCCACAGCAACCAGCUAAGGCCAAAGAAGAAGAUUAAGUAGACUUUUGUAUGUGUUGGAAGAAGAACAUUUUGGUUAAUUCUAGUAGGAUGCCUUUAACUUUCAUUAAGCGUUGUAAACAAUAUAAAGUAAACAUGAUGGGUUGUUUUUCGAAUUCAAAGAAGC